UUCUCUCUAGAUAUUGAGGAGUGUGGGGGUAAGAGGUCUGGUCGCCUGCAGCAGAGUCUGCAGAACCUGGAGAGAUCUUGUCGGAGAUCCUCAACUCUGGAACAGAAUUGACCUCUCCACCUUCACUGACAAACUGAGAAACAGCAGAGGUCUGGAGAGACAGCUGCACCGCCACAGAGCAGUCCUGGGCCACCUGUGUCUGAGAGGCUGCUCCUCACUCAGCCCAGACUCCCUCAAGAUCAUCGGAGAAUGUCACAAUCUUCAAGACCUCAACCUCUCAGAAUGCGCCAUUACUGAUGAUGUAAUGGACAUAGUAACCAGAGGGUGUUCGGGCCUUCUCUACCUCAACCUGUCAUACUGCUACGUCACUGACACCACCAUCAGAACACUCGCCCGUCGCUGUGGCAACCUCAACCACCUGAGUCUAGCAGGGUGUCUUUAUUUCACUUCGCGAGGUCUUCGCUACAUCCAGCGAGGGAAGGGGUGUCGUCGUCUUGUGUACCUUGACCUCUCCGGCUGUACGAAGCUAACGUCCGAGGCUCUGCAGUGUAUCGGUGUGGGCUGUCCCAUACUGAACACUGUCCUACUCGAUAACAUCCCUUCUCUUAGUGACUCUAUGAUCAUGAGUCUUGCCAGCAGUACGCACACACUGAGACGUGUCUCGCUGCUGGCAAAGACUGGAACCACACUCUCCAUCUCUGAUCGCUCCGUCAAAUCCCUCGUACAACACAACAGGAAACUGAGGACCCUCAAAAUUGAGAACGGCACAGUUCUGAGUGACAUGAGUCUGCGAGUGUUGUCUCGAGGGUGUCGGGACCUACACUAUCUCCACCUGGCCGGCUGCUCGCGUCUCUCCGACAAAGGACUCUCGGAUGUCAAGAGGUUGAAGAAACUAUCGGUUCUCAACAUCGCCGACUGCACCAGAGUGUCAGACCUCGGUGUGCGUCACAUAGCUGAGAGCUCCUUCGGUCCCACUCUGAGGGAACUGAACCUCACCAACUGCCAGAAACUGAGUGACAUCAGCCUCCUCAGACUGACCCCGGCCUGCCCCGCCCUCUCCCACCUCUCCCUCGCCUACUGCCACCACGUCUCUGACACCGGAGUGGAACUGCUCUCACAGCUACCUCUGCUGUAUUCCCUUGACCUCUCCGGCUGCUCCCUCACUGAUCAGGGUGUGGCUAGUCUCCAUGGAAACCGGAAGCUACGUCACCUAGGUCUGGCUGAGCUACCGGAAAUCACUGAUGAUGGAGUGAAGAGGAUGUGUCGAGGGUCUGCAGUGGCUGGAGACUCUGGACCUGAGUGAGUGUGAGGCCCUCUCCUCCCAAGCCCUCCAGACUCUGGCCUACCACUGCCACUACCUCACACACCUUCAUCUCUCCAACUGCUAUAAUGUAAGAGAUGACGGGGUAAAGUACCUAUCUAAAGGUUGUACCUACCUGACUCACCUGGACCUGUCUGGCUGUGUCAUAACGUGAGGACUCUCACCUGGACCGGGCUCUGCAGGGUCUGAGAAAGAGUUGUCUGCAGCUGAAAUCUCUCAACAUUCUCUGCUGUGUCAAUAUCACAAGAGAAGAGGUUCAGAGAUAUAGGAAGAAAGGAGUGAGCAUUUCCUACAACACAGACAGACCAAAUCAUUUCAACCAGUCCCAGGGCAUUUCCGGGCUGUCCCAUCUUGAAACAGAGCAGCUCAUUAAUCGAAUAUAACACAAACAAUAAUUCAUCGUACAUACAGUUGGAAUUAUUCACAUCUCAUUUUGAGUGAUGCUAUAAAUUGUGAAACAUAUAAAAAUGCAACUACACACUCAGACACACACACGGUGAAGUCAUGAUAAUAUAUCAGCGAACAGCAAGCAGUGAUCAAUAUUCACUAGAGGACCACUAGACUAUAUAGGUCCAGGGGACAGCAGGUAUUACUGCUAGUCAGUGGGAUCAUCGCCAGCUGCAGGAAUCUGCAGCUCUGGUGGUGGACCUGAUUCAAUAACCUCUGCCACCUGAGCAGCUGCCGCGGCCUCCUGUUGACUGCUGUCUUCAUUUCCUUCAUAUGUAUCCGUUUCCAUGGAGACAUGCCCUGCUGUCGUUGCCAUGGCAACCAGUGGUGGAGCCGCCGAGUCAGCAGCAGACACGACCUCGCUGGCAGAGGUCGAAGUUCGUCUGAGGAGUGAUGGUUUUUUCCUGCGAGCUGGGUUGAGUGUGUAGCAGUAGGCGCAGCGGAAUGUGACGAAUUCAAAUUCGUCUCCAAGAGCCAUUCCGUUGUGGGAGUGGCAGGAGGAGCAGACGAGGGCAUAUCUGUUGUUUGGACCAUCUCCAACUAGGUACUCUACCAUCUUAUCAAGACUGGUUCUGUCUCUAGGGAGAAUGGGAGAGGGAGCGGGAGGACCUGGAGCCUGUCCCAGACACAUCCCCGGAGGAAUGAACUGAGUGGUGUGGUGGGAGGG